GCGCCGCCAUUUGGGGCCUUGGCUGUCAAUCACCGAGGCCCAGCCGGUGAUUCCUUGCCGGCACCCAGCGAUUUCCGAGAAUUACCGACACGGGGGAGAGACCUAUAUGUAAACAAUACAGAUCUCUCCCCUGUCAGCUCCUGCACACUGCUUUGUAUGGCUGUGCACAGCAGAGCCAGUGUAAAGCACACAGGUCACAUAGUAAAACAGCACACAGAUAACCCUUUGAUCGCCCCAGAUGUUAACUCCUUCCUGCCCAGUGCCAUUAGUACAGUGUCAGUGCUUUUUAUUAGCACUGACCACUGUAUUGGUGUCACUGGGGAUGUCAGUGACACCAACUCAGUUCCCCCCCAGUGUCAGAAUGCCCGCCGCAGUCUCGCUAUAAGUCGCUGA